AGCUUUCCUAAUCCACGUGCUUGGCAGUACAAUCAUUUUUUUUAGUAUACCACCAUGGUCAGAAAAUUCAAGUAUCAUGAACAAAAAUUACUCAAGAAGGUCGACUUUCUAAACUGGAAACAAGAUGCCAAUAUUCGUGAGAUCAAGGUUAUUCGUAGGUACCAUAUCCAGGACAGAGAAGAUUACCACAAGUACAAUAAAAUUUGCGGUGCUCUUAGAUCAUUUGCGCACCGUCUCUCCGUUCUUCCAGCCCAGGACCCGUUUCGCACCAGAAUGGAGUCCCAACUCCUCUCAAAGCUAUAUGACAUGGGCGUACUCAACUCCCAAGCAAAGUUGAGCGACGUCGACAAUAAACUCACCGUCGCAGCUUUUUGUAGGCGUCGCCUUGCCGUUUUCAUGUGCAUGAGCAAGAUGGCAGAAACAGUCAGCGCAGCUGCAAAAUUUAUCGAACAGGGUCAUGUCCGUGUGGGACCUGAUACUAUCACCGAUCCCGCGUAUCUUAUCACGAGACACAUGGAAGACUUUGUCACUUGGGUAGACACUUCCAAGUUGAAGAGGACUAUCAUGAAUUACAACGACGAGCUUGACGAUUACGAUCUACUAUAAUCGCGUCUAUAGUCCAUGUCGUUAUGGUUCAACCUCCGUGUUGGCGAUUACUCACGGACUUAACUUCCUUACCUUCGUCAGCCUAAUCUCGGUGCCGGCUGUAUUGACUGUUUUCACGGCACUCGAAGCAUCUUACUGCCGACGACACAGCAUAACAACACCGCACUCAUUCACAUAUUCUCGUGAUCUGUGCUAGGAGGGUUUUGACUCAUUACUGGUCUUGAUACGCUGCUAUUCAUAGACUUGUAGCUUCUUUAACCGCUGUUGUCUUGCUACACCAAUUGUUCAAAGAUGCGGUUGCCAUACGAAUUGCAUACGCGUCAAGAUGUUUGUCCAAACCUGGAUAUGAGUUGUGAUACAUCGACAAUAAUGUAAUGCUAUUAGGCGGACA